ACCGUUACCGUUUAAGCAGGGGUCAAAUCCCCGUGGACCCAUCGCCUUCCUCUGUGUUUCCUUCGGCAUGUUUUGGCAGUUUUGCAGACUCGGAACGAAUCUUUCGACUCCAAACCGCGCAGACGCGCCAUUGUCUCUGACUCCAGAAUCCUCUGCUUCAUCACUCGUUCGCUCUCGUACACUAUAUAUGUGUGCGUGUGUGAGUGUAUGUAGUGUCUAAUUAGUUUUGAGUGGAAGUUUUGAAGUUCGGAGCUCGAUUUUCCGGCUCCGGCGGAAGAGCUUGUGUGCACGGCGUGAAUGCUGGAUCACACCGCGGUUUCGUGGUUGGCGGCGGCGAAUCGAGGCUCAAUUUGGAUGACCGACAACGGAGAGGUUUCGUUUGAUUGAUGUGCUUGCGAUGACAGAAUCAGGAUUUAAUUAUGAUGAUUUAGUUCGCGAGGCUAAAAAUAGGUGGCUGAAACCUCCUGAAGUGCUCUCCAUAUUACAGAAUCAUGAGAACCUCAAGAUCACCCAUGUGCCCCCUGAAAAGCCUCCAAGUGGCUCUUUGUUUCUCUUCAACAAGAGAGUAUUAAGAUUUUUCCGUAAAGAUGGUCAUAGGUGGCGGAGGAAGAAAGAUGGGAGAGCUGGGGGAGAAGCACAUGAAAGGCUCAAGGUAGGAAAUGUUGAAGCUCUCAAUUGUUAUUAUGCACAUGGAGAGCAGAAUCCUAAAUUUCAAAGGCGCAGCUAUUGGAUGUUGGAUCCGGCAUAUGAGCACAUUGUUUUUGUUCACUAUAGAGAUAUAAGUCAGGGAAGACAGAAGGCCCUAUCCAUGCCGCAGCUUUCUCCAGUGUCUUUUACCAUCAAUCAGAGUCCCAGCCCAUAUUCUGUUCAGCAUCCAAGCUAUACGGCAGCCAGGGGUGGAUAUUUUGAAGCAUACUCUAGUUCUGGAUCUACGGAGAUUAGUUCUUUUGCUGUCACUAAGAGUAACGGGACAAAUCAUUCAAGUGGCACAGUAGAGGAGGAUAGUAGCCCAUAUGCGCAUGAAAUAAGUGAAGCAUUGAGAAGGAUUGAGGAGGAGUUAUACAUGAAUGAUGGCAUUGCGCCACUGUACAACACCAUAGAGAACUCAGCUCAUGCUGACAAUAUCCGAGAUGAUCAUCAUAACUCAAUUAAUCAGAUUCCAGAAGAUUCAAACUGUGAUCUGUUGCAGCGACGUUCAGGUGACCUAACUGAAUACCGUGAUCAAUUUCUGGGGCACGAAUUAUUUCUUUUUCCUUUUUUCUCUUCUCUUUUUCCAUUUUAUGCUGAUUUCAGUUGCUCUCAAAUUUUCUAUAGCUGCAUUUUAUCAUGUGAACUUUUUAAAUCUAAAUAUAAAGGACAUCAGCUGCUAAAUAUCAUUCAUUGUUGUAGGAAGUCAAUUCGUAUUCUUGCAUACAAUCUAGUUAAACCUGUCUCCCAAUUUUCAUAUUUUACAGUUUCCUUGAGUGGCAAUGCUUAUGCCAUCUGUUUUACUUGUGAAUCACAGGGAAGACAGAAGGCCCUAUCCAUGCCGCAGCUUUCUCCAGUGUCUUUUACCAUCAAUCAGAGUCCCAGCCCAUAUUCUGUUCAGCAUCCAAGCUAUACGGCAGCCAGGGGUGGAUAUUUUGAAGCAUACUCUAGUUCUGGAUCUACGGAGAUUAGUUCUUUUGCUGUCACUAAGAGUAACGGGACAAAUCAUUCAAGUGGCACAGUAGAGGAGGAUAGUAGCCCAUAUGCGCAUGAAAUAAGUGAAGCAUUGAGAAGGAUUGAGGAGGAGUUAUACAUGAAUGAUGGCAUUGCGCCACUGUACAACACCAUAGAGAACUCAGCUCAUGCUGACAAUAUCCGAGAUGAUCAUCAUAACUCAAUUAAUCAGAUUCCAGAAGAUUCAAACUGUGAUCUGUUGCAGCGACGUUCAGGUGACCUAACUGAAUACCGUGAUCAAUUUCUGGGGCACGAAGUUAACUUAUGGAACAUGGACGAUGGAUAUGGGAGUUCUGUGGAUGGGAAGAACAUCCUGCUUGCAAGGGAUGCAGUGGAAACACCGGAAAGCGUUUCAUGGCUUAAUUUUAAUGGAGAUUUCAGAUAUCCUACAUUUUGGCCGGAAAUAAAUACUGAUGGAAGUAAUCCUGACCAAUCUCCUACAUUAUUUGACCAAGAUCAGAAUGGAAUUUCUAUUGCUCAAAAGCAGAAGUUCAGAAUUGCGGAUUUAUCUCCUAACUGGGGAUAUGCUGACGAGGCUACAAAGGUUAUCAUUAUCGGAUCUUUUCUUUGUGAUCCAUCAGAGAGUGAAUGGAUGUGUAUGUUUGGAGACAUCGAAGUUCCUGUCCAGAUCAUUCAAGAAGGUGUCCUCUGUUGUCAUGCUCCUCCACACUUGCCCGAUAAAGUCACUCUGUGCAUUACCAUGGGUAACCAGGAACCAUGCAGUGAGGGCAGGGAGUUCGAAUACAGGGUCAAGUCCACUGGUACUGCUGAGAGCUGUCUGCCUGAAACACAAUGCACUAGUAAGAAUACUGAAGAACUAUUGUUGCUCGUCAGAUUUGCAAAGAUGCUUCUCUCUGACGGGUCAAGGUGUAGUACAGAUAGUCCUGAAUCAGGAACUAAAUUUUUGGAAAAAGUCAAAGCAAGUGAAGAAUUAUGGGGUGAAAUGAUUGACACUCUUUUAGUGGGGAAUUCAACAUCAAGUCUCACAGUUGAUUGGCUUCUUCAGGAACUUUUGAAAGACAAGUUGCAGCAGUGGCUUUCUUCUAAAUUGCAAGGACAAACUAAUCUCUCAGACUCAGACUGUGUCUUGUCCAGGAAAGAACAAGGGGUAAUACACAUGAUUGCUGGGUUGGGAUUUGAGUGGGGAUUGCAACCUAUAUUAGAUGCUGGAGUAACAGUUAAUUUCCGUGACAUCAAUGGUUGGACUGCUCUACACUGGGCUGCACGGUUUGGGAGGGAAAAAAUGGUUGCUGCACUCAUAGCAUCUGGUGCAUCAGCUGGAGCAGUUACUGAUGCUACUAAACAAGAUCCUAUUGGUCAGAGCCCUGCAGAUAUUGCUGCUGUAUGCGGACACAAAGGACUUGCAGGUUAUCUUUCAGAAGUGGCACUCACUACCCAUCUUUCCUCCCUUACAUUGGAAAAAAGCGAACUUGCUAAAGGAGCUGCUGAGGUGGAAGCAGAAAGAACCAUUGGGGGCAUCUCUGAAACAGGUGCCACUACAAACGAGGAGGAUCAGCUUUCGCUGAAUGACACAUUAGCUGCAGCCCGUAAUGCUACUCAAGCUGCUGCGCGUAUUCAAGCUGCAUUCCGGGCACAUUCCUUCAGGAAGAGACAGCAGAGAGAAGCCGAAGCAGCAGCAGCAGCAGUAGCUGCUGCUGCUGCCACCGGAGAUGAAUAUAGUAUCCUUUCAAACGACAUCCAAGGUCUUUCAGCUGCAUCAAAGCUAGCAUUCCGUAACUCACGCGAUUACAACUCUGCAGCUUUAGCCAUUCAAAAGAAAUAUCGAGGAUGGAAAGGGCGGAAGGACUUCCUUGCAUUCCGUCAGAAAGUAGUGAAGAUACAGGCUCAUGUACGAGGCUAUCAGGUUAGAAAGGAAUAUAGGGUAUGUUGGGCAACCGGGAUUCUAGAGAAGGUAGUACUGAGGUGGCGCAGGCGGGGAGUUGGUCUCCGAGGAUUCCAUCUAGAGAUCGAUGAAAGUGAUGGUGAAGCCAUUCUAAGAGUAUUUCGCAAGCAGAAAGUGGAUGCUGCCAUUGAUGAGGCAGUCUCCAGGGUUCUCUCCAUGGUUGAAUCUCAAGAGGCACGUAAUCAGUACCGUCGCAUUCUUGAAAAAUACCGACAAGCUAAGGCUAAGCUUCAAAGUGCGGAAAAUGACGCAAGAACUUCUCAUGACAGCAUGUCUAAUAUGGAAAAUGAUGACUUAUAUAGCAGUUUUUACUGAGUUGCAAAUUUGCAGAUUCUCCCAUACCGAGUUCGUUCAUUCAAAAUAGGAACACUCUGGUGAGCAAUCUUGUAUAUAUGUGGAUUGGCUUUUGAUUGUUUGGAAGUUGAGUGUGCUGUUUAUGUCUGAUGUAACCGGUAAGCUUUGGAAAAAAAAAAUCUAGAUGUAGUGCCCAUAAACAAUGGGAGUUCUAAUGUACAUAUUCUCAAUUCUAGAUUCACUUGGUAGCAAAUGUUAUAAGAAUUCAUUUGAUGGUAUUGUCCUUAAACUGUUGGCCUUUAUUAGUCAUCAAUGAUAUUUAUAUUCCAAUUCAAAUAAGAAUUAAACGUCAUUUUGUGCUC